AUGCAGUUUCUUUCUGUUUCCGAUCUGUUUGGUGUGAAGGGCCGAGUUGCCCUAGUAACAGGGGGAUGUUCUGGACUAGGGUUGAUGAUUGCCCAGGGCUUGGUCUCGAACGGGGCGAAAGUGUAUGUGACUGCCUUGUCAUCUGAUGACAUUGAGGGCGUGGUCAAGGACCUCAAUGAGAUUGGAGAGCCAACGGGUGGGACAGCCAUUGGCUUCGCCAGCGAUCUGGCCUCAAAAGAUGGCAUCGCUGCUGUCGCCCAAGAAAUCGAGAAGCAUGAGACUCACCUUGACAUCCUGUGCUCGAACGCGGGGAUCAGGAGAGACCCACCAACGAUGUGCGAUGUCAAAACCGCAUCGUUAGACGACUUACAGGGAUCGAUGUGGUCCUCGCGACAUUCUGACUGGGACGACACCUUCCGCGUCAAUGUCACGGCCCACUAUUUCUUGUCCGUGGCACUUUUGAAGCUGUUAGUAGCUGCCAGCAAGCUCGAUCUCGGAAACGGCCGGACGGGCAGAGACGAAGGACGGGGUGUAAUGAUCAUCACCAGCAGUUGUGCCAGUAUGCACAAUUGCACCAACAUCGACUUGACGUCCUAUGCCGCGAGCAAAGCGGCGAUUGAUCACCUUGUCGGGCUAUUGGCGAGUAAAUUCGCAAGAUGGUAUGUGCGAGUCAAUGCGAUCAAUCCAGGAUUCGUUCCCAGUAAGAUGAACCCGGUCGAGGAGGGAGACAACCAAUUUGCCGAGCUCUUCAAGGCGAUGCCGGCCGCAAGAAUAGGGCGCGCCGAAGACAUUGUGGGGGCUGUGCUAUAUUUGAGUAGCCAAGCAGGAGCUUAUGUCGACGGAAGUUGCCUUUGCGUAGAUGGCGGCCGUGUACUCCUGGCAAACGGACAGUAG